AUGCGUGGUUUCACAUUCUCUAGCAGCAAAUCUACUUGCGUGCAUUUCUGUAGAAGGAAGCUACAUGCGCUGAAAGAGCUAAAGAUAAAGGAUUCUAUAAUCAAGUAUCAAGAUCACGUUCGAUAUCUGGGGAUACACUAUGACAAAAGGUUAAACUUCCACCACCAUAUACAGACACUUAUAAACAAAUGUAAGAAAGACCUAAAUGUAAUGAGAUGCCUCUCAAACACGAAAUGGGGUGCAGAUCGUGAGGCACUGCUUAAAUUACAUUCUGCAUUAAUACUCUCCAAAAUGCAAUACGGAGCAAUUGCGUAUGCAAACUCUCCCAAUUACCAGCUCAAAGCCCUAGACGCAGUACAUCAUGCAGGCAUCAGAUGUGCUUUAGGAGCACUAAGAACAUCCCCUGUACAGAGUCUUCUUUGUGACGCAGGAAUACCGCCACUUGAGAACAUAAGAAGUACGCAAAUCCUUAAUUACACUCUCCAGAUUCGAACAAAAUCAGACCACAUAAACUUUCCAACUUUUGUAAAUGCCGGCCAUCCAUCUGUAAACGACAGUCAUGAAAGGAAGCACAGAAAGUCAGCAUUUGAUAGAGCACACAUCUUAAUGAAAGAUAUGAACUUAUCAUUCGAUAAUGUCAUCCCACUCUGUAUAUAUCAAACACCCCCUUGGAUAAUACCAGAAAUAAAAUGUCACACAGAUCUAAGUAUAUAUAAAAAAGGAGGCACGAGCAAUAUCAUAUAUAAAGCGCUAUUUGAGGAAGUGUUAAAUCAAUAUGAAGACAAAAUCUGCAUAUAUACAGAUGGAUCUAAGACCAAACACGGUGUUGGGUACGCAUUCCACGUUGGUAGUGAAUCAUACUCGUGGACCAUGUCAAAAUACGCAUCCAUCUAUACGGCGGAAAUAUCCGCAAUAUGGAGAGCCCUAGUGUAUUAUGCAGAAAAGAGAGUGGAGAAAAAUGUAAUUAUAUGUACGGACUCUUUGAGCGCUAUACACAAAAUCAAGGACACAUUAUCUACAGAAGGAUUUACACAUAAAAUCGUAUCGUUAAUACAUAACCUGCGAAACUCAGGGAAGGAAGUAAUAUUUCUUUGGACUCCUGCACAUACAGGCAUAUAUGGCAACGAAGAAGCAGAUAAAGCAGCACGAGCGGCAACAGAACAACCCACAACUGAUAAUAAUAUUAGUGUAGCGGACCUAAAACUAGAAAUUAAAAGAUGUAGCAUGAACUUAUGGCAGGAAACAUGGAAUCAGAAUACCACACAAUUAAGGGAAAUAAAGGAAAGUGUAGAAAAAUGGGAACACCCACCACUAAGCAGAAAAGACAGCGUAAUACUGACCAGGCUGAGAAUAGGCCACACAUGGCACACAUCUGGACACAUACUUCGGAAAGAGGAACCACCAAAAUGUGAAAUAUGCAAAACAAGACUCACCAUUAAACACAUUAUUUUAGAAUGCAGCAAAUACAGUAGAAGUAGAAGAAAGCACCGGCUCUAUGACACAUUGAACGAAAACCUUAAGAGUACAGAUAUCAUACAAUAUAGAACACUACCAUUUAUAAAAGAGAUAGGCCUAUUCUCCAAAAUUUAA